AUGUCCGGGAAAGGUGCCCCUAAAGUUCCUGAUGGUUGGAAAGCUCAAUUUGAUGAUAAAUAUCAAACAUGGUUUUAUGUUAAUUUAAAGUCUGGGAAAUCACAAUGGGAAGCCCCAGAAGGUACUACUUUCGAAGAUGACAAAGAAAAGGUAAGCCCUCCACCUUAUGCUCCAGGUAAUCAAACUUCAGACCCUUCAAAGCAACAAGAACCAGUUUCACAACAACCCUCUGGCUAUCAAAGAGGUCCACAACAACAGUAUCCACAACAUCCUCAAGCUGGGUAUGGAUAUCCACCACAACAAGGAUAUUAUCCACAGCAAGGUUAUCCUCCACAACAAGGGUACCCACCACAAGGAUACCCACAACAGGGUUAUUACCCACAGCAACAGCAACAACAACAACAAUCUACCGGUUUAUUAGGUGGUAUGGCCUUAUCUUCCAUGAUGCAACCAGAUAUUGUAUAUGCUCAACCUCCUCCUGGUGAUUAUGGUGGCGAUUAUGGUGGUGAUUACGGCGGUGAUUAUGGCGGUGGUGAUGAUUUUGGAGGAGGCGAUUGGUGAGCCAGUAAAUAUGGUUUCAUACUUUGUUGAGCGAAAGGCUAUGUGAUUGUCUAUUAUUUCAUUUUGUAUUUGGUUUAUUGUAUAUGACACAGUCACUAUCAAACGAGCCAGUUAGUUUUUAGUUGAACUGUUUGUUUCAUUAACAUCCAUAAUUCAAUGAUUAUCGAUUGGAUCAUUUGACUCGCUCUAUCAAAGCUGCAAAUGUAGUGCAUGACUCUAACAGUCACUUGUCCAUUCAAGUAUUGUACCAAUAUCUCAUGGUGAUCUCUCUAUUUUAUAUUUGCCGACAUUUAACUUGUAAUGAGAAUAUUAGUUUUCUCGAAUCAGCCGACAGCUUAAUGUGCAACGAGAAUUGAAUUAUACACUGGAAGAA